AUGUCCGACAACGCGUCGAACACCUUCGUAUCAAACCUUCUCCCUACCAUCGAAAGUUUCGCAAAAGGAACCAUCGCCACUGCUGCCGGACUGUCUACAGUUGGAUUCGGUCUGCUGUUCUUCGGGCAAAACUACCUCAUCUACCCUUCCGCAUUUCCCCCUGGAUCGAGAGUCGAGGUUCCCACUCCUACCGACUUUGGUUUACCAUAUCAAGGCCUAGAAUUACUGACGCCAGACGACGUGAAGCUGCGAUGCUAUCUGCUAGUCCAGAGGAAAGAACUGUCCCACCUUGGCGGAGCAGCCGAGGUCAGCGGUAACGGCCAAGAGACAGACGAAGAGUUCGCUGCUUCCCGUCCAACUGUCAUGAUGUUUCACGGUAAUGGCGGCAAUGUUGGACACCGAAUACCCCUCGCCAAGGUGUUUUAUGCAAAGAUGCGAUGUAACGUUCUAAUGUUGUCUUACCGAGGGUAUGGCCAUUCGGAAGGAUCUCCGUCCGAAAAAGGCAUCCGGACGGACGCCCAAUGUGCCCUUGACUAUGUAACGUCUCACUCUGUACUCUCACGCACACCAGUCAUUCUCUACGGCCAAUCAAUAGGCGGCGCAGUCUCUAUUGAUCUUGCGAGCCGCAACCCGCAUGUCAUCCGUGCGCUCAUCCUGGAGAAUACGUUCCUCUCCCUCCCGCGCCUCGUACCCAAUACGUUCCCAAUCCUCGGCCCGUUGUCGUUCCUGUGCCACCAGAAGUGGGACUCCGCCUCCAUGGCGCCCCUCAUCCCUGCCGAGACACCUAUGCUCAUGCUCAGCGGGACGCACGACGAGGUCGUGCCCCCCGAACAUAUGCGCCUACUGUGGGAGAUCGUGCAACAGAGGAUUCCCGGCGGGCGCAGGGCAGACGGCACUCCAGUACAGGAUGCAGAGGAGGCGAAGAAGGUGGACCCAAGUCCAGGGUAUUCCAGAUUCGUGGAGUUCGACGGAGGGACGCAUAAUGAUACGUGUGUACAGCCGGGAUAUUGGACCACCGUGGCCGAGUUCGUCGCCGGCCUCGGGGAAUCAUCUCGCAUCGUGUGGUGA